CUAACACUUACUCUCCUCACCACUACUUGCUCCAUUCCUCCAUCUUUGAUCCCCAAGAGUGUUCUAUAUCACUCUUAUCAAUGGCAGACGUCGGCGGCAGUAGUGGUGGCGCCACCACCACCACCCAAAGAAUAAAGGGAUGGUUUCCGGAGAGAGUGCAAUUACAUAUUGCCAUGCUGGCAUUGCAGUUUGGAUAUGCCGGUUUUCAUGUCGUCUCUAGAGCUGCUCUUAAUAUGGGCAUUUCCAAGAUCGUCUUCCCUGUCUACCGAAACAUCCUUGCCUUCGUUCUCCUCCUCCCUUUCGCUUAUUUUCUUGAAAAGAAGGAGCGCCCACCGAUUAACCUCAAUUUCCUUACCCAGUUCUUCCUCCUUGCAAUCGUCGGGAUUACUGCAAACCAAGGUUUCUAUUUGUUGGGUUUGGAUAACACCUCUCCGACGUUCGCCUCCGCCAUUCAAAACUCCGUUCCUGCAAUCACCUUCCUCAUGGCGGCGGUUCUCCGGAUAGAGAAAGUGAGACUGGACAGGAAAGACGGAAUAUCGAAAGUGGUCGGAACCCUAUUCUGCAUCGCCGGAGCUUCUGUAAUCACGCUUUACAAAGGACCAACGAUAUACAGCCCAUCGCCGUCGCUAAACAAGGUGAGAGAGAUGUCGCCGGUGUUGCAGUCGCUGGGAGACGCCAACGGGAAGAGCUGGACGCUGGGGUGCUUGUUUUUGAUCGGACAUUGUUUGUCGUGGUCAGGGUGGCUGGUGUUGCAGGCUCCGGUGUUGAAAAAUUAUCCGGCGAGGCUUUCCUUCACUUCUUAUCAAUGUUUCUUCGGAAUACUGCAGUUUCUAGUUUUAGCUGCGUUUAUGGAGAGAGACUUGAAUGCUUGGGCCAUUCAUACCGGGUCGGAGCUCUUUAGCGUUUUUUAUGCCGGUGUGGUUGCGUCUGGCAUAGCAUUUGCAGUACAAAUAUGGUGCAUUGACAAAGGCGGCCCCGUUUUCGUUGCCUUGUAUCAACCGGUUCAGACUCUUGUUGUUGCUCUUAUGGCUUCGGUUGCUUUAGGAGAAGAGUUCUAUUUGGGAGGGAUUAUAGGGGCAGUAUUGAUCAUAACAGGAUUGUACUUGGUGUUGUGGGGAAAGAAUGAAGAGAGGAAGUUUAUGUUAUAUGAAAAGCAGUCCCAUGGUAUAACAAGCCAGACCAAAUCAUCUAUUGUCCAGCCUUUGCUGACUCAGUCAAACCAAAAUGUUUGACCAACAUAAGCCUAACCUUUUUGCAAAUGGAAAGUAUUAUGUCUCUGUUAUGUUAAAGGGGAAAAGCAAAGUGUGGUGCGUUUUACAAAAUCCUUCAGAAAAGUCCAAGAUGUGAUGAUUAUAUUCGAUGAUCACUUUCUCUAUAUCUAUCAUUUAAUGGUGUUUUGGUAAUUCAAUAUUAGUCUUUUGUGUUGUGUAUUUAAAUUUGUGUUAUGUACCCGUUUUGAUUGAUUGUGUGUUUUAAGGUGAUUAAUUUUUAGGUAA